AUGGCAUCCUUUGGACAGUACGGUGGUCUGGCUUCGGACAAAAACACAAAAAAUGAGAAUGCGGAUGUGGAUGUAGAUGUGGAUGACGUCGAUCCUUUCCUUAUUUCCCAAGAGAAUUUCCUCGAUCAAUUCUAUUUUUUUAUGGUUUACUUCCUUUCAACUACUCGGCAGUACGUAUAG